GAAUUUGAGAAAUAUGCUUUGAUUUCUAGGGUUUGUUAGAAUUGACGAAUUGGGUUGUUAUAAAAAUAGGGUUUUUUUAGUUUCGUUUCAUGGUUUCGUAGUUUUAGGCUAAGAAUUAAAGAAUUGGGGGUUAGGGUUUUGUUAGAUUAGAGUUUGCGAGAUGAGAGGAAGAUCGUAUCGGUUUUCGAGUACGGAUCCUCAUGAGGAUUGGGGUAAUGAACUUUGGACUGUGGAUUGUGUUUGUGGUGUGAAUGACGAUGAUGGAACAGAGAUGGUUAAAUGUGAUGAUUGUGGUGUUUGGGUUCAUACUCGUUGUUCUCGUUUUGUUAAAGAAGAAGAGCUUUUUACUUGUGAUAAGUGUAAGAGCAAGAACAAUGUUAAUGAUAGUGAGGAGACUGAGGUUGCUCAGUUGUUGGUUGAGUUGCCUACUAAGACGUUGAGAAUGGAGAAUUCGUGUACUCGGGGUGUUCCGCCGAAGCGUCCCUUUAGGUUAUGGACUGAGAUCCCGACCGAGGAAAAGGUUCAUGUGCAAGGAAUCCCGGGUGGGGAUCCGGCUCUUUUUGAAGGGUUGUCGUCGGUUUUCUCCCGGGAGCUGUGGAAGUGUACUGGUUAUGUGCCGAAGAAGUUUAACUUUAAGUAUAGAGAGUUUCCUUGCUGGGAUGAGCAAGAGAAGGAUGAGAUUGAAAAUGACGGUGCAGGGGUUUUGUUUUCUAUGUCGAAGGAUAAUGUGAUUGCUGCUCCUGUGAGUGCUUUGGUUGGAAUGAAGAGCCUAGAUGGUAAAGGAACCAAUGAUUUGAAGCUUGGUUGUGCAAAAGACGGCAAUAGUUGGGACUCUGGCGAAACGGAUAGAAAACAUUCUCAGGGUUCCAUGAAGAAGAAUAAGAGGUUGCUUCGUCCUAUGAUCACGAAUAAACGAAGAAAAGAAUUGUUUGGAGCUUCAAAAGAGCGGAUGAAGAAGAAGGUUGAAGUUGCAGACAAAGAAGAAGAUGAUAAGAAAGGUUUUGUCGGUAAAACAGGAAUUCGACCUGCUAGUGAUUCUAAACCAUCAGAAUCUCGUAAGGACAUAGAAGCAGAAGGUUUUACAAGCGACAUUGGGAUCACGAAGAGUGUUAAGGCCAAGAAAGCUGCUUUUGAGGAAUCUAAUAGUGGUGGCCUUGCUCUGGAAACUGGCGGUGAUGAAUCUGGUAAUACAGAAAUUGGUGUUGAAUGCUCCAGAGAACAGAAUCUUUCUGACGUUCAUGCCAAUGGUGCUGGAAAACAGGAAGAGAAAGCUGGUCAUCAUUUUCGAAUUGUGCUUAAGAGCUCUGCAUCUACUGAUCCUUCUGUCCUCGGAGGAAAAGAUGUUCCACACAAUGAGGCUAAUAAGGAGGAGGAGAGACAAGGCACCGUAGCUGACGUUCCGGAAGAUAAUGCAGUUGAUUCUUCUGAAAGUUCCCGGAAGCCUUCUCCUGUUUCCACGGUUGGUAAAACGCGAGAAGGUGAAGAAAAAACACACAGUGGGAAAGUCAGUUCUAGAAAGAACAAAUUCCAAAAAGAAACAGCUGAUACUGGUGCCAGUGGACCUGUACGCCUGCAGACUCUAGACCCUAUGGAUUCUAAAGUGUCAGGGAGCUCUGUAUCUCAGAUCUCUGGAGCUUCUGAAUUUAACAAAAUGACUCCGAGCAGUUCACUUCCUGAUGAUCACAAACCGCAGCCUGUUGAUGUGGUAUCAGAAGGAAUAAGUAGUGGCAAUAGAAACAAAGCUAUGGAAUUAAAACGAGAACUGGUGGUUUCGGAAGCAGAAAAAGAUAAUCUGGAAACAAAGCCUGAAUCUGGUUUAUUUCAAGAGCCAUCAAAGCCUUUCAGACCUAUUCCCCACACUGUUUCAGGAAAUGGUAGGCCUAAGAUGGUAGUAUGCAUUGGAAAAACAUCGUCAAGUUCAGCCACGGAAAAGUCUUCCCGCUCGAAGCAACAACCAUGUGAUGAUGCUGAUGCUAAUACCAAUGAUGAGGACUGUGUUUCCAGUGAUGUGAUCCGAGAGAGAGAUGGGGAUGAUGAACCUUCAGAGAAAGCUCCGAAACAUCCUAAAUUUUCUAUUACCUCUAAGAAAUCGAUGCAGCAUAAUCGUACUUCCCAUUCUUCAGUUUCCAAGACUAGAGAGUCUUCCUCUGCUUCAAAGUCAUCUUCAGCAGCUCGGAUUAAUGGUGGUUCUUCCGAGGCUCCUAGUAAACAUUCGCUUUCAGGGACCUUCCCGAAAAAUGAAAAGCCUGGACAAUCAAUAUUCCAGUCAUCAACAAAGAACCCUGUGCAGUCUAUAAUUUCCCUUGCUCCAAAUCUGAGCGAUGAAGAGCUUGCAUUAAGACUGCACCAUCAACUCAAUAGCUCUCCGCGAGUUCCUCGUGUCCCACGCCUGAGACAGCCUGGUAGCUUGCCCCUGUCUCCAACCGCUCCUAGUUUUAAACGCACUUCUAGUUCUGGUAGCAAGGAUCACACAACGUUUUCCAGAAGGAAAAACAAGGAUGCAUCCAAAGAAGGUUACCGCAAUUUACGUGAUGAUGAUAGAUGCAGUACAAGGAGUGCCAAAACACGUCGCUCUCCUGAUAGGAGGACACAACAAGACAGUGGAAGCAGAGGAGGGAGUCUGUGUUCCAAAGGGGAAGAAAAUGAAACCCCCAAAACCUCUUCUUACUCCUCUCGGAAAGUACUUCUCCCGCCAAACUCGACUACAAGCACAAGCAGCGGACCGUGUUCGUCGAGCGAGUUGAAUGAGCAUAAUAAGCCUUCUCCACACAGUUCCCCUAGGAAUAAUGGUACUCCAGUACAUCGAACUUUGCCAGGCUUAAUCAAUGAAAUCAUGAGCAAAGGCAAGAGGAUGGCAUAUGAGGAGCUCUGUAACGCAGUCUUGCCGCACUGGCCUCACUUGAGGAAACACAACGGAGAACGAUAUGCAUAUUCAAGCCAUUCACAGGCUGUUCUUGAUUGCCUGAGGAAUAGGCAUGAGUGGGCUCGUCUGGUUGAUCGUGGCCCCAAGACUAAUUCAGGGAAAAAGAAACGGAAGCUCGAUGCAGCAGAGGAGGAGUCAGAUGAGAACGAAAGCAGUAAGGGAGGAAGGAAGAGACUGCAUCAACAUCACUCUCAAGGAGAAGAGUUUCCCAAAGGAAAAAGGAAAGCAAGAAAACGGAGAAGGCUCUCUCUUCAAAGAAAAGGCAUUAAAGUGUUGAGAAAAAAGAGAAACCAAGAAGAAGACGAGGUAAGCGAAGAAGACGAGGAAGGUGCGUUCUCGGACACAAGUGACGAGAGCAUCUUCUGCGAAGAAGACGAAGAAGAAGAAGAGGGCCACACUACUGCUACUGUGAAGACGAUCAAAAGACAUAAAAGGGAUCGUCGUCGUUUCUCUUCUUAUCAUCUCUGCCGAUUUCUCUCCGCCGUGAGGAAAAACUGCUUAUCUCGAUUUCGGUUUCCUUCAAUUUCUCGAAUUUGUUCUGUUUCUUCCGAUUCCACUUUUGAUUCGGAUACGAUGACAAUCCCUGAUUCUGAAUCCACCGGAGUUUGUGAAGUUCCUUAUUCUCCUGAGGAAGAGAGACGUAUUGUGACGGAGCUUAAUAACGAAGCAGAGGCUGAUUUGAAAGAGGGAAACUUGUACUUCGUUAUCUCAAACAGGUGGUAUACAAGGUGGCAGAGAUUUGUUGGGCUAGUAACAGAAGAAUUUCCUAGUGGAGAGACUUCAGAAGUUACCAGGCCUGGUCCAAUUGAUAAUCAUGAUAUAAUUGAUAGUGAAAGUGAUGCUAGUGAUCCGCAGCUUCGUAUGAUGCUGGAGGAAGGGGUCGACUAUACUCUAGUUCCUCAUGAAGUUUGGAUAAAACUCGUUGAAUGGUAUAAAGGAGGUCCUCCAUUACCGAGGAAGUUGAUCUCUCAAGGAUUUUACACUAAGAGCUUUAGUGUGGAGGUGUACCCACUCUGUCUUCAGUUGACAGAUAGUAGAGACGAAAGCACUACCAUCAUAAGGUUGAGCAAACAGGCUUCUAUAGGUCAACUUUAUGAGAUGGUUUGUGCUGGAAAAGGGGUAGCAAAAGAAAAGGCUCGCAUCUGGGAUUACUUUGAGAAGAAGAAAAGCGUUCUAUUGGAUCCUUCAUCUGAAAAAAGCGUGGAAGAAUCAGGCCUUCAACUAAACCAGGAUAUUCUUCUUGAUGUUGAUGGUUCUGCAUCUUCUCAAUGUGACAUGAGCUUGGCCGGAAAUGAAUUAGCUCUGGUACCUCUAGAGCCUACUAAGUCAGAUGCUAUGGAUAUUGUGCGUGGUGGGGGAACCUUAUCUAAUGGUCACUCCAACGGUUCCAAGUUUAGCCUCUUUGGGAGAAACGCUUUCGAAGAUGAUGUUUCUUCGAGUACUUUUGGGAAAGGAGAGAGGAGAGGUUUAGGAGGAUUGCAGAAUUUAGGAAAUACAUGCUUCAUGAAUAGUACUCUUCAGUGUUUGGCCCAUACACCCCCUAUUGUUGAAUAUUUUCUGCAAGAUUACAGCUCCGACAUAAAUGCAGAGAAUCCUUUGGGAAUGCGUGGUGAGCUUGCAAUUGCAUUUGGUGAGCUGUUGAGGAAAUUGUGGUCAUCUGGACAGAAUACAGUUGCGCCGCGCGCUUUUAAGACAAAAUUGGCUCGAUUUGCUCCACAAUUUAGUGGUUAUAAUCAACAUGAUUCUCAAGAAAUGCUUGCUUUCUUAUUGGAUGGGCUCCAUGAAGACUUGAACAAGGUAAAACGCAAACCUUAUAUUGAAGCUAAAGAUUCAGAUGGUCGUCCAGAUGAUGAAGUAGCCGAAGAAAAGUGGAAAUACCAUAAGGCCCGCAAUGACUCUGUGAUAGUUGACGUCUGCCAAGGACAAUACAAGUCAACACUGGUCUGUCCAGAUUGUGGAAAAAUCUCAAUCACAUUUGAUCCCUUCAUGUACUUAUCUUUGCCGUUGCCAUCAAGUCGCACUCGAUCAAUGACUGUUACAGUGUUUUAUGGCGAUGGAAGUCAUCUUCCGAUGCCGUACACUGUAACAGUUCCUAAAGAUGGUUCUUGUAGAGAUCUCAGUAAUGCAUUAGGCACUGCUUGCUGCUUGAACAAUGACGAAAGCCUUUUACUUGCAGAGGUAUAUGACCACAAGGUCUUUAAAUAUUUUGAGAAUCCCUUGGAGUUGCUGAAUGGGAUAAAAGACAAUGAACGUAUUGUGGCAUAUCGGUUCAACCAGAUGCACAAAGGACCAGAAAAAGUCAAACUUGAAAUUCUUCAUGGGGAGCAGGAAAAGUCUGAUAGUGGCAGAGACCCAAAGCUUUUUGGAACUCCCCUUGUCACUUAUAUCAACAAAGAACCACUUAGUGGAUCUGACAUUGCUGCAAGCAUCUCCGGAUUGCUGUCACCUCUACGUCGGGUUCAUAUGUCAUCCAUAGUUCAUAGUGGAAACGAGAAUGGCCACGUUCCAGAUGUUGCAGAUGAAUCAUUGGGAAGUGUAUCAUCCAGAGACACUGAAACAGAGGAUAAUGCAAGUGAUGAUAGAGAAUUAUCCUUCAGCCUCUUGCCAGAUUACCAUUCUUUCAGUCUCCAGCCACUUGAGUCCGAUUCCAUUGUGAAUCCUGGUAGUGUUACAAAGGUUCUAGUCAAGUGGAACGAGAAAGAGCAUGAGAAAUAUGACUCCAGCUACUUGAAUGAUCUACCUGAGGUUCAUAAAUCAAGUUUCUUGGCAAAGAAGACAAGGCAAGAGGAAAUAUCUUUGUUUUCAUGCUUGGAAGCUUUUCUAGCAGAAGAGCCUUUAGGACCAGAUGAUAUGUGGUACUGUCCUGGUUGUAAAGAACAUAGACAAGCGAACAAGAAGCUAGACUUGUGGAAGUUGCCGGAUAUUCUUGUGUUCCACCUGAAACGGUUCACGUAUAGCAGAUAUUUCAAGAAUAAGAUUGAUACAUUAGUGAAUUUCCCGAUUCAUGAUCUAGAUUUAAGCAAGUAUGUGAAGAACAAAGACGGACAGUCAUAUCUUUACGAGCUGUAUGCCAUUAGCAAUCAUUAUGGUGGCCUGGGAGGUGGUCACUACACUGCUUACGCUAAGUUGAUGGAUGAGAACAAAUGGUAUGAUUUUGAUGACAGCCGUGUUUCAGCCGUAAAUGAAUACGAGAUCAAGACUCCGGCUGCUUACGUUUUGUUCUAUCAAAGAGUGAAAAGUGAAUCAGAGACAUCGGAUAUGAAAGUGGAUUAGUCAGAAAAGAAAAAGCCAUUCUUUCUUUAGGAUUCAUGACAAAAUUUAUUUACUUGCUCAAGAGUCAAGAUCCAUUAUUGAUCUCAUGCUCUAAUAUUUUCUUCUAAAGCUGAUUGACUAAUAGAGUUCAGAUUCUAAA